GCAGGAGGCUCUCCCCCUAACACCGCUGCCCUCCCUUCCUCUGUGCUGACAGGGGGGGAUGGGGGGGAGGGUCCAACGAGGGUCCCUGUCUACAGUUUCAUUAUUACCUGCGCAGUCCUUGCAGCACUCACCACACUUGUGCGUAUGUGGGAGGACGCAGCAGCUGAAGAGAGAGGACCAGAAGUUUGUAUGUUUAUUUUUUCUUGUUCAAAUUGGGAGCUGAUUUUUUUUUCUUUUUUGGUCUCUACUUUGUGAAAUUUAAGACAGCGAAGCAACGGACAUGGCAGCUCGUCUGCAAAGUUCACACUGGACGUGCCUCUUGUUCGUGCUCAGCUUGUGUCUCGUCUCAGCAGAGCCUUUUAACCAAGCGCACCUGUACCAGUACAAAGCCGGACCUCAUGAAGACAACAUCAUCAUCGCCAACAACGGGAUCAGAGUUCCGCUGGGGAAAUCCGUGUUUUUGGAUCCCCUGAAUGACUUGGUGACUGCUGUUCAGCCCGGGGAUCGUUGCCACAUCACGGUUUUGGACAACGACCCGCUGGCUCAGAGACCGGGGACGCUAACCCCCAAGAAGUUCCCUUGCUCCUUUGCGUCGGAUGAAGUGAAAUACACCCAUUUGGGGUCGCGGAGCCCCAGCACGGACCGGGUGAAGCUACAGCUGCGCUAUGACUCGCAGACAGACACGGUGGUGAUCCCAUUCAUGCUGGAGGUGGAAGUUGUUUUCCAGCAGCUCGAGGUCCUCACCAGGAAUAUGCCCAUCAACGUGGACAAGCUCAAUGGCGAGAGCGGCCCCAUCGACAAGAAGGCACUGGAGUUUUCCUACGAGGAUGGGGUCACACAGUGCAAGAUUGCCACACUGGUUGGCGCCGGAGGUCUCCCCAGGUACGGCACUCUCAUUAAUCAUCCCAUCAAUGGGCAAAUGGUCGACUGUGACCAAUUUGUGAAGAUGGGAAUUCGUUAUAAGCACACAGCCACGACCGAUUCCCCAAAUAGAGACUACAUUCCCAUGGUGGUAGAGCUGCAGGACAACGACGGUAACACGAUCAUGCAAGAGCAUUUCCAAAUGAUGGUUCGGAUCAGGGAGGGCACAGAAAACACAGGGCCAAAGCCCAGCUUUGUGUCAAUGAUGAUGAUGGAGGUGGAUCAGUUUGUGAUGACCGCCAUCACUGGCGACAUGCUGGCCGCUGAAGAUGUGGAGUCGGACCCAGACGAUUUGAUCUUUAAUGUCACGUCGCCACUGGCCCCCGAGCAGGGCUAUCUCAUCAGCACGGAUGACCAGAACAUGCCCAUCACCUCCUUCUACCAGCGAGACAUAAAAGAUCUCAAAAUAGCCUACAAGCCGCCUUCGGACGACUCCGAAGUGGAGAGAAUCUUCCAGCUUGAGUUUGAAAUUGUUGACACGGACGGUGCCGUGUCUGAGACCUUUGCGUUUAUGAUUGUGGUGAAGCCCAUGAACACCAUGGCCCCCGUGGCCACCAAAAACACAGGCCAGCUAUUGUUUGAGGGUCAAUCGAGAGCACUUUCCAGCUCACAGAAUUUAGAGAUCAGUGACGAAGAUAACCUGGAAGAUGUGAGAAUCACCGUAAUUGACGGCCUGAAGCACGGGCACCUGAGUGUGCUCGGGGGUCGCAGGAAAUUCUUCACACCGGCCGAUUUGGACGCCGGAGUUGUGGUGUAUCAGCAUGACGGAAGUGACACCUACAGCGACAACAUCAUUUUCCGCAUGACGGACGGCCAGAAUGACGUUGAAUUUUUGUUCCCCAUCACGAUUGUCCCAACGGAUGAUGAGCCGCCCAUCAUCAAUGCAAACACCGGGCUGGCGCUGUUCAAGAACGAAGUCAUGCAGAUUUCACCGUUCAUCCUGAGCGCCACGGAUAUCGACUCGGAAGACUCCGCCGUGAAGUUCAUCCUGCAGGAGCCAUAUUCUGUUGAGGGGGAGUUCCUGCUUCGGCAAGUGGAGCCCCCCUCCGACCCCUCCCUGUGGAAGUUCAGCGCGACGGAUGAGACGUUUGAGCAGGUGGUGACUGAAUGGUUCCAGCAGGACAUCAUGGAUGGGAAGCUCUUCUACCGCCACGUUGGAAGUCACAGCACCACCACCGUCAUCGACCAGUAUGUGUUCCGGGUCCAGGACGAUAAUGACCCGCCCAAUCAAUCCGGGGAGCAGUUGUUCACUGUCAAAAUCCACCCCGUCGAUGAUCUUGCCCCAGAGCUCUGCCAUGGCACCACCCUUCACAUGACGGUCAAGGAGUAUGAACUGACGUACUUCAAGAAAUCCUUUUUAUGCUACACCGAUCUAGACUCUGACGACCGAGACCUAAAGUUCACCAUCACCAAGCCUCCGACUGACACAGAUGAGAACAACCCGGUGGCCCUUGGUGAGAUUGUACUGACAGACCACCCAGACAUUGUCAUCAACGAGUUCACGCAGGCCCAGGUCAACCACCACAAGGUGGCGUACAAGCCCCCUGACCAGGAGCUCGGCAUCACUCCCAAAGUGGCUCAGUUUACGUUCAUUGUGGAGGACACUUCUGGAAACACAGCAGAGGGGCUGUUCACCAUUUUUCUGCAGCCGGUCGACAACAAACCCCCGCUAAUUACAAACACGGGGUUCAGCAUCAUGGAAAGAGGCUCGUACGUCAUCACCAGUAACGAUCUGCACGCCACAGACACUGACACAAACGAUGAAAAUAUCAUUUUCACAGUGAGCCAAGUUCCCCAACAUGGGCGGCUACAGUAUUUAGGCAUCGACAUGUCCAACGGCGAAACGUUUGUGCUCCAGGACAUUGCGAUCGGCCGCUUAGCUUACAUCCACAACGGCGAGGAAUCUCUGAAUGACGUCAUCAAGCUAGACGUAAGUGACGGUUUUCACGAGGUGCCCAUUAACAUCAAGAUCACCGUGGACCCAGUCGACGACGAAACUCCGACCAUCAUGCUUCCCGCCGGCGUGGUGGCCGCGUCCAUUGACGUGCUGGAGAAUGGCGCCACGGAAAUCACAAGCAACGUGAUACAGGGCCGUGACGAGGACACGGAUGACCUCAUGUUGAUGUUCAUUGUAGAGGAGCCCCCCAGGCUCGGCGAAAUCCUGGUCAACGGCGCCCCCGCUGAAAGGUUCACGCAAGCCGACAUUAUCAACGGAGCGGUGGUGUACGUGCACACCUCCGGGGAAAUUGGACCGGUGAAACGACACGACUCGUUCAACCUCACACUGUCUGACUUGUCUGACCAGUGGGUGGUCGGCGGCAACAAGGUCCAAGGCGUAACGGUGGGUGUGACCGUACUGCCUGUCGACAGCAUUCCGCCGAUUGUUCGCGUCGGGGGUCAGUUUGUCGUGCUGGAAGGGGAGAAGAAUGUCAUCACUCUGGACCAGAUCCAAGCGGAGGACAUCGACACAAACAGCGGCGACAUCCUGUGCACCAUCAUCGUCCAGCCCUCAUCCGGCUACGUGGAGAAUAUCUCCCCAGCUCCCGGCUCGGAGAAAUCCCGGGCGGGGACGGCGAUCACUGCCUUUAGCAUUCAAGAUAUUGCCGGCGGGCAUAUCUACUAUGUUCAAAGCAUCCAUAAAGGAAUCGAACCCGUGGAGGAUCGCUUCACCUUCCGCUGCUCGGAUGGCAUCAACUUCUCUGAACGACACUUCUUCCCGGUCAUCAUCAUUCCAGCCAAUGACGAGAAGCCUGAAAUCUUCAUUCGUGAGUUCAUAGUGAUGGAGGGCAUGAGCUUGGUCAUUGACACGCCCAUCCUUAACGCGGCCGACGCCGACAUCCCCGCUGACGACUUGUACUUUGAGAUUGUCAAAAACCCCAAACACGGCACCAUAGUCCAGCAGCUGAGCACUGGCACCAUCCCGGUGGACAGAUUUGACUUGGAACAGAUAAAGGAGGCCUCCAAUAUCGUCUACGAGCAUGACGACUCUGAGACCAAAGAGGACAGUUUCGUGAUACGCCUAUCAGACGGGAAACACACAGUGGAGAAAAAAGUCAUCAUCAUGGUCAUUCCGGUCGAUGAUGAGACACCCAGGAUGGCAAUUAAUGACGGACUUGAGGUCGAGAUCGGUGAGACAAAAGUCAUCAACAACCGGAUUCUGAAGGCCACUGAUCUGGACUCCAACGACAGCACGCUGGUGUACAUUGUGCGCUACGGUCCGGGCCAAGGCUACCUUCAGCGCAUCAGCAAGUUUGGCGACGUUCUCAGUAACAUCAGUUUUGGCAUGAACUUCACGCAGGAUGAGAUUGACAAGCAGCUCAUCCAGUACGUGCACACUGGCCAGGAAGGCAUCAGAGACCUGCUCAAGUUUGAUGUCACGGAUGGCGCCAACGCCCUGAUUGAUCGCUACUUCUACAUCAACAUCGGAGGCAUUGACAUGGUCUUCCCAGAAGUCAUCAACAAAGGCGUGACCCUCAAGGAAGGCGGUAAAGUCACGCUAACCACGGACCUCCUCAGCACCAGCGAUAUCAACAGCCCCGAUGAGUUUCUCAGCUUUAGCAUUACGCGGGCACCGAGCAGAGGUCACCUGGAGUGCACCGACUAUCCGGGCGUGCCCAUUUCUACCUUCACCCAACUUCAGCUCGCCGGCAACAAGAUCUACUACAUCCACACAUCCGACGACGAGGUGAAGAUGGACAGCUUUGAGUUUGAGGUGACGGAUGGUUACAACCCGGUCUUCCGCACCUUCCGGGUAUCCAUCACCGACGUGGACAACAAGAAGCCCGUCUUGACCAUUAGUAAGCUUGUUGUGGAGGAAGGUGAAGCCAAGCUAAUUACGCCAUUCGAGCUGACAGUGGAAGAUCGGGACACGCCGGAUCGCCUGCUGCGCUUCGUCGUGACACAGGUGCCGGUGCAUGGGCAGCUGCUUUUCAACAACUCCCGGCCCAUCACCACAUUCACCAAGCAGGACCUGAACGAGAACAUGAUCAGCUACAAACAUGACGGCACCGAGUCCGGAGAGGACAGUUUCUCCUUCACGGUCACCGACGGCACCCACACCGACUUCUAUGUAUUCCCGGACACCGUUUACGAGACGCGCAAGCCGCAGAUGAUGAGCAUUCACAUCAACACGGUGGACAACGGCGUGCCGCAGAUCGUGGUCAACAAGGCGGCAGGCUCGCUCAGGCUGCUCCCCUCGGGCCACGUGGGGUUCCUGAUCACCAGCAAGGCGCUGCGAUCAGAGGACCGUGACAGUCAGCAGGAUGUCCUGAAGUACAUCGUGUCCGAGGCACCGCGACACGGUUUCAUCAUUAACUCCGCCAACGGGAACGACAGCAUCAGCACCUUCACGCAAGCUGACAUCAAUGACAUGAAGAUCAGCUACGUCUUGUUGGAUGGAAGCAACGCCACCAGCGACAUCUUCUACUUCACCGUUGAGGACAACGGCGGCAACAAACUGAAGCCUCAGUCGUUUCGCCUCAACUGGGCGUGGAUCUCUCUGGAAAGGGAGUACUACCAGGUGGACGAGGACGGCAAGUUCCUGGAGGUGACGCUCAAACGUCGAGGAUACCUGGGGGAGACGUCGUUUGUCAGCAUCGCCACCAAGGACGGAACCGCCGAGAAGGACAAAGACUUCCGGGGGAAAUCCCAGAAGCAGGUCCAAUUCAAUCCGGGUCAAACCACGGCUUCCUGGAAGGUGAAGAUCUUCACCGACCAAGAGUUUGAAACAUCAGAAACCUUCCAGAUCCAGCUAUCCGACCCGGUCAUGGCUGUACUGGAGUUCCCAGAUGUUGCCACUGUGGAGAUUGUGGACCCGGGAGACGAGUCAACCGUCUUCAUUCCCCAAGCUGAAUUCAAAAUUGAGGAGGACGUCGGAGAGCUCCUGGUACCAGUCCGACGCUCCGGAGACGCCAGUCAAGAAUUCAUGGUCAUCUGCUCCACUCAACAAGGUACAGCCACGGGCACCAUCCCCAGCUCGGUGCUGUCCUACUCGGACUACAUCACGCGUGCCGACGACCACACAGGCGUGCUACGUUUCGACAAGGAUGAGCGCGAGAAAGUCUGCCGCAUCAUCAUCAUCGACGACUCCUUGUACGAGGAUGAGGAGAGCUUCAACGUCACCCUCAGCAUGCCCAUGGGGGGCCGGGUGGGCGCCUCCUUCUCCACCGCCAAGGUCACCAUUCUGGCCGACAGCAACGACGAGCCGUCGCUGUACUUCGGUGAGCCCGAGUACAUGGUGGACGAGAGUUCAGGCUAUGUGGAGGUGAACGUGUGGAGGACGGGCACCGAUCUCUCAAAGACGGCUACCGUGACUGUCCGGUCCAGGAAGAGCGAGCCCGUCUCAGCGGAAGCCGGAUUGGACUACGUGGGCAUCAGCCGCAACCUGGACUUUGCCCCUGGAGUGACCAUGCAGACGUUCAGGGUGACCAUCCUGGACGACCUGGGCCAGCCUGAGCUGGAAGGACCGGAAACCUUCGAUCUGGUGUUAAGGAUGCCUAUGAAUGCCGUGCUGGGGGAGCCCAGCAAGACCACCAUCACCAUCAACGAUACCAUCACGGACGUGCCAAAGGUCCAGUUCAAGGAAGGCAGCUACAAGUUGGACGAGGCUGACGGGGAGGUCACGGCAAUAGUGUACCGCAGUGGAGACAUCGGCAUCGAGUCCACGGUGCGCUGCUACACCCGACAGGGCACGGCUCAGGUGAUGAUGGACUACAGCGAGAGGCCCAACACCGACGACUCCAUCGUCACCUUCCUACCAGGCGAGUCGGAGAAGCCAUGCGUGGUCAGGUUGGAGGACGACUCGGUUCACGAGGAGGAUGAGGAGUUCCGCCUGGUCCUCGGAACGCCCAAAAGCAAGUCGCCGUACGGGGCCUCGGUUGGCGAGCAGAAUGAGGCCUUGAUCAAAAUCACAGAUAACAAAGACAAGCCAAUCAUUCGCUUCUCUGAGAUCAAGUACAGCGUCCGAGAGCCGCAAGUGAAAGGCGAUGUCGGCCUCGUCAGGAUCCCCAUCCGGCGUGCUGGCGACACCUCCAAGGUGUCGGUGGUGAGGGUGCAUACCAAAGAUGGCUCGGCAACCUCCGGGGAGGAUUACAACCCCCUGUCGGAAGACGUGGAGUUCAAAGAGGGCGACCAGGAGCAUUUCGUGGAGAUCGAGAUUCUCUACGACGGCCAGCGGGAGAUGAGGGAAGCAUUCACAGUGCACAUGAAGCCCGAUGACAACAUGGUGGCCGAGAUACAGAUGAACAAAGCCAUUGUGUACAUUGAGGAGAUGGACAGUGUGGCGGAUGUCACAUUCCCGGCCGUACCCCACGUGGUUUCCCUGCUUGUGUACGACGACACGUCCAAAACCAAAGACAACCCCAACCCGAUCAAUGGCUAUCCAGUGGUGUGUGUGACGGCCUGCAACCCCAAAUACAACGACUUUGACAAAACGGGUUCCAUCUGCUCGGCGGAGAGCAUCAAUGACACCCUCACCCAGUACCGUUGGCUGGUCAGUGCCCCCACCGGAUCCGAUGGAGUCACCAGCCCCAUGAGGGAGGUGGACACCAACACCUUCUUUACCAACACCAAAUCCAUCACUUUGGAUUCCAUCUACUUCCAAGCGGGCUCCAGAAUCCAGUGUGCCGCCAGGGCCUUCAAUGCCAAUGGGGACGCUGGUCUGGAGCUUUCCAGUCCCAUCGUUGUGAUCAGCAAGGAGGAAGGCAUGUGUCAACCACGAAUUCAAGGCACCGUGGGAGCCGAACCUUUCUCUGCAAAGAUUCGCUACACAGGCCCGGAUGACCCGGACUUUCCCAACCUCAUGAAGCUCACCAUCAACAUGCCCCAUAUGGAUGGCAUGUUGCCGGUGAUCUCCACAAGACCAAUGUCCAACUUUGAGCUCACGCUAAGUCCCGACGGCACCCGUGUGGGCAACCACCGGUGCUCCAAUUUACUGGAUUUCAACGAAAUUCAGACGGGCCACGGCUUCAUCACCGACGCCACUAAAAACCCUGAGAUCAUCGGCGAAACGUCGCCCUACCAGUACAGCAAUGCCAUGCGCUCAUCCAACUCUCUACGCUUCUACCGGAACCUCAACUUGGAGGCCUGCCUCUGGGAGUUCACCAGCUACUACGACAUGUCAGAGUUGUUGAAUGACUGCGGUGGCUCCAUCGGCACCGAUGGACAGGUGCUCAACUUGGUCCAGUCCUACGUCACCUUGCGCGUGCCCCUCUUUGUGUCCUACGUCUUCCACUCCCCCGUGGCCGUGGGCGGCUGGCAGCACUUCGACCUCCAGUCGGAGCUCAAGCUCACCUUCGUGUACGACACGGCCAUCCUUUGGCAGGAGGGCAUCGGGAGCCCGCCCGAGUCGGAGCUCCAAGGAGCCAUGUACCCCACCAGCAUGCGCAUAAAUGAGGAGGGCCGCCUGGUGGUCAACUUUAAAACAGAGGCUCGCUUCAGGGGCCAGUUUGUUUUGACUCAUCCAGGGACCAGCGUGUCUUCCAUGGUUAUUUGCGCCGACCACCCCGGCUUGACGUUUACCCUGUCCCUGGUCAGGACCGAGCCCACACACAACCAGCCCAUGCAACAGUGGAGUUUCAUAUCUGACUUUGCUGUGCGGGAUUACUCUGGGACGUACACAGUGAAACUGGUCCCCUGUAUUGCCUCGCCCAACGGAGAGUUCAGCAUCCCUCCCGUGUGCCAUCCGAGGGAGCCUCUGACUUUUGACAUAGACAUACGCUUCCAGCAGGUGAGCGACCCGGUAGCGGCAGAGUUUAGCCUCAACACACAGAUGUUCCUACUUUCCAAGAAGGAGCUCUGGUUAUCGGAUGGCUCGAUGGGCUUCGGGGAGGGCACCGAUGCCGCCUUUUCAGAAGGCUCGUCGAUCUAUGGCCGGGUGAUGGUGGACCCGGUGCAGAACCUGGGUGACUCUUUCUCUUGCAGCAUUGAGAAAGUGUUCCUGUGCACCGGAGCCGACGGCUAUGUUCCCAAAUAUAACCCCACCAAUAAGGAGUACGGCUGCCUGGCCGAUUCCCCCUCUCUGCUCUACAGAUUUAAGAUCCUGGACAAGGCCCAGCCAGAAACUCAGGCGACAGCGUUUGGUGACAUUGAUUUCAAGGCCACUUUGGCUCACGACACAGCUGGAGCUCUGCCUUUAGUCAAACAACCGGGUUCCGACGGCUUCACCCUCUCCUCAACGCCACUAUUCCAGGUGGCCGCAGGCCGGGAGUGGUAUAUUCACACCAUCUACACCGUGCGCUCCAGAGAGAACGCCAACCGCGGAAAGCGGAGCGUGGACAUGCUCCACUAUAGCCUGUCUGCCGCUCCGGACGCUGCUCUCCGACGUCAGCGCCGUGCCACCCCCGUUGUCUCCAGCCCGGCCAUCGCCCGGGACAUCGGCACUGAAAACAACCGUGGCACCAACAUCCAGCACAUCGCCCUGGACCGAUCCGACCGCGUGGUGGUCAGCCAGCGCCAGCCCUGGUCCCUGGGAUUGGAGCGCGAGCCUGCGCUCGAGCGCCCCUUAGUGGGGAGCUCCGGUGGGGAGGCCCCGGACAGCUCCAUCCUACCCAUGAUCGUGGGCCUGGUGGGUUUGAUCAUCCUGGCCUGUCUGAUCGCCACCGUCGUGGUGCUGCUGUUGUGGCGCAAAAAGAAGGAAAAGAAGCAGUUCCCACCCUAUGCCAGCUCAUCGUCCACCGCCUACAACCGAGGCUCCACCAGGAUGUGGGGUGGCUUGGAUAGUUCAGAGGUCUAGAGGCGGGAUGCCGCAUCCACUGGCCUCGCUUCCUCCCCACCCAUUGACUGUAGUAGUCUCCUCCACCACUGUGCCUUCAUGUCCCAACUUAUGCAGCACUGAAAACAGUACCAGAUCCAAUUUUUUUGCAGUUUUUCUUUUGUUUAUAAUCAUUUACUCUUGCAGUGGUUUCAAAAUUCUUUUCAUUUGUACAUACAAUCAAAUAAAUACGAUUCACGGUGGUUAGAGAGAGUGCCCGGACGAGAAUAACUAAGAACUGCGAGUAAUUGACACCGCCGAUCCACCCCACCUCCUCCACUGGCCACUACCAACAAAUGGCACACACAUCCGAUAUUACAAACAGACACGGCAUCUAUUCUACAGAGGGCAACUUCACAAGGGUGGGGUGUCACUAUAAAUGUUUGAACCGUUGACCGUUGAUUAAUUACAAAUAUGUUUACUGGUAAUAUUGGUUACAAAUAUAAAUUCAGUAAAUAUGCACAUGCGGUGAAGAUUUUCAAAUCACCCAGUCAAAGCAUAUUGUAGAUUCUUCCCAACAUACAAAGAGCUCCAAGUCAGUCAAAGAUGUAUCCCUUCUACAUACUUUAUUACCCAGGGCUGUGAUGUCAUCUUAUUCACUGUAUAUGAUGUUUUUUAGGGUUAACAUUUCCUGAGGUUGUUUGUUGACGUGCAUGGGGGCCCAAUUAUAGGGCCACCCUUGGAUAUACCGUGCGGGUCGUGGAGCAAUGGAUGUCUGCAGUUACCCCUUUUUAGCCUAUUUACUUGUAAAAGCUCCCCUCUCUCCUUUUGUUUGUUUGUCAUUGUGUUUGAAAAUGCAUGAAAGGCAAAAAAACCCCAAAAACAAAUGCUAACUUCAUGGAAUCAGCUCAGGCAGCCUCUAUUUUAAUGACAUGACAGAAUUUUCAAGUUUACUGUGUGUUUUUUUAAAAUUUAUUAUAAUUAAGGCAUUUGACUGUGUCACAUUGACUUGGAAUGAAUGUUAGUGGAAGAUGACCUCUUUGAAUGCUAAUGUGAUAAAUGAUUGUUUUAUGUCACUACACGUACACAUACUCAGUAUCAAGGUUUGUAGAUAUCAUUCUUCUUUCUCUAUGCAAAAUGGAGUUCAUAUUUUUGAAUAAAAUUGUUGAGAUCGUGGCGGAAACCAGAUGCUAAACCAUCUCAAUGUGCCAUAUUGAAA